CUUUUUUUUUUUUUUUAAGGGGGGGGUGAGAGAAGAAGAACUUUGGUCGUGUUUUCACGGCUGUCGAACAAGGACAAUAGCGCGACCGUGCAGUUUAUGUAACUAUUAUUUCUUUGUAAAAACAUGCUGGAUCCUGGGUUUUACCGUUGGCUGUCUUUCUGGUGGUUUGUGAAGUAAUUGGACUGCCAACUGUAUUGUUUUCGCAACGCUACUCGCUGGCCAAAUUGAAGUGAAUUAAUCUCUACAGAGACUUCCAACAUAGCGACAUUUUCUUGGACCUGUUCGUAAGAUCUAUAAACGAAGUAAUAUUCGUUGUUUACAUCUUUCUGAUGUCCAGCUAGCUCGACUACAACUAGUCAGCCGGGGAUCGCUGCGCCCUAGCCGGGCGAACAUUGACGCUGCUCGGUGUCAUCCAAGUGAAGUCGAGCGAGUUUAUUAGGCGACAAUGUUUGAAAUAAUGUCCGAGCACCAAGAUUCGUUACUGAAGUGCAAAGCAGAGGCUCUGCCAUCAGAGAGAAGAAAGAGGACUGUAGAGGACUUCAACAAGUUUUGCAGUUUUGUUCUUGCAUAUGCCGGAUACAUACCUUCUCCAAAGGAGGAAAGCCCAUGGUCACCAGCAUCUUCCAGUUCUCCAAACAGCUCUGGUGCUUCAGGUGAAGGAAGCAUUUUAGGUGGAGCAAGUUCUAACAUGGCUGCCAGCUGGAGUCAUGGCACAUCAAACUUGCAUACAAUCCACACCUUUGUUCGCAAGUCUCGUGCCAACAAGAGUAACAAGAGCAUGCAGCGAUUAUCUACUGAUGGCACACUUGUUGAAAAAAUGUGUCUAAAAGACUCUUUCUAUGAAGGACAGGAUUCCACCAAAGUUGAACGCAAAAAGGACAAGAAGCUGAAGCGCCUUUCUCUAGGUUCAGGUGCUGGCGACAGCAGUAGCAGUGGUGGCGAGAAACGUGCGAGGAUCAAGCGCAGUAAAAACCCCAAACAGCCCAAAGCCUUUAAGAAGCUUAAGAGCUCUGCCCACAGCGAGUCAGACUCGGAGACUGGUCUUGGACAUGGAGAAGAGCAAUCGGGCCAUGGAGCAGGAGCUGAGCGCAGGCUACAAGCUCUGGGUGCAGCGCUGGAGAAAGGAGAGCUGGAGGAGGCUUCCAGAGAAGCAGAUUUGAGCUCCAGUGAAGGAGAGACUUGGAUAGCGGAUGAGGAUAUUAUGGUGGAGUCAGGUGAUGAUUCAUGGGAGUUGAUCACCUGUUACUGUGGUAAACCUUUUGCAGGACGGCCAAUGAUUGAAUGUAGUCAGUGCAAUGUGUGGGUGCACCUCUCAUGCGCCAAAAUUAAGAAGUCUAAUGUGCCCGACAUAUUUAAAUGCCAGAAAUGCAGAGACCCUCGACGGUCAACUCACAAAAAAGACACUUAGAUGAGGGAGCUCAAUCAUUCCCUCAUAGCUCUGAAUGUUCCCAGUUCUCCAGUUUUUGUAUCCAACACUCUUUCGGUUUCACACUAUUUCUCUUUCUUGGCAAUUUGACAGCUGUUUGAUAUCCCUCCCUUGGGAUAGUGUCUUCUAACAUAUUUUGCACUCAAAGAUCCCCAUUACAGGGACAGUUCACUGAGAAAUAAUUUUUUGAAUUAGUCUCUUAGCUGUUGAGUUAGUACCCAGAUUAAUCUCCUUAAAAACAACUCCAGCAGUGCAAUCAAUUGUAAAAUAUCCUUUUAUCAACUGAAAUGUUUUGGUGUUUGGUAUAAUUAGCUUGCAUGCAUGUUUUUUUUAUAAGUGGCAAUCUGUUCCUUUUGAGAGAAAAUGUAAUGGGGGCACAUCCACCCUACAGCUUGCACAUUUGUCAAAGUACGUCUUGCUGAGAUUCAAUUAAAAGUAAAAUCUUAAGAGUAAAACUUUGCGUUGAUUCAGAGAUGGGAUAUCUAAAAAUGUGUUUAUAUGAUUUUGCCAAAGAGAUAUGGAAAAUGCAUAAUUUCUAAGUGAACUGUCCAUUUGGUAAUUUUUCUUGGGGCCACAUGCCUUUGUCUGAAAGAAUCAUUUAGAUGUAAUUUACUAGUCUCAAUUCCAUCGCCUGUUGGUGAUCGUAAAAGACAACGUUAAUAUUACACCCCCUUAAUUGAAAUUACAAUUGGUAGAGUGGAAAAUCACACCCAGAUAGACCUGACCAGACAGCUAAUAUUUUAACAUUUAAAGAACUAGUGUCUGGCUCUCAGUUCUGUCUCAUUUGGGGAGGGAAUCAUUUCAGUUGAAUUAGAGCUGUCAAGCAUAAAUAAUGUCUUCUAAAUCUUUUGUUAAUGUAUAGUAUGUUAGCUCAUGUACCAGGAAGCUAUCAAACUUCGUCUUUAAUUACUUGCACAACUUAGUGUUCUAAUUUUUGUUUUUGAUGUGUUAAGCUGUCAUAGAAGAUUUCAGUUUUGAAAAAUGCUCUUGUGAAAGCUAGAUUUAGGAGCUGUGCUUUACUAAAGCUGUCCCCCAAAUGGAAUGGUUGUUUUCGUUUGAAGUAGUUUGGAGACUAUUGUUUGGAUAUUUUAUUUGUGGUUUCUUUGUGACGCAAGGGGGGAUUGGAAAAUCCCAAAAGCCAGACAUCUCUUGCCUCAUGUUUCAUUCUGUAAAUAUCAAAGAUUUUGCAAAGUGUACAUAUGUGAAAGUGAAAAGCAAAGCAAAUGAUUAUAUACAUAUAUGUGUGUGUGUGUGUGUGUGUGUAUAUAUUCCAUAUAAUUUUUUUUUUUUUUUGCAUCUGAUAUUGUUUUCUUUAACUACCUAGAGAAAUAAAACUUUUCUUUAUAGGG